CUUCCCGUCAAGAAUACAGGAGGCGUUAAGAUGUUCAAACACCAAAUAGACUCCCUAUCACCACAAGGCAUCGAGUCUGCAUUAGAGGCGGUUGUCUCCGGCGUUGGCCAAAUCAGCACUAUCGAGAACGCUGUUUACUGCUGGAUGCUUGUAAUGGCCUCCGACAGCUCCUUUUUUAUUGAACUCAAAGUCCAUUGAGCUGUGCCGCACCCUCCUCGUCCUCAGUCAGGGGGGAGAACUUCAAGGGGAGUCCAUCGCCUCUCGCUCACAUCCACACAUUCCUGUGGACAACUCCUGGGCCAUGUCUCCAUUCAUCCUGGUCACCACGCUGCUAACCCACACAUUCAUGCUGAUGGCUCCAGUCUCUGCACAGGACAAUCAAGACAGCUGCCCCCCAGGAAGGUACAGAACCGAGACCAACAUCUGCUGCCAGCUGUGCCCCCCAGGGACAGCGAAGGUUGAAGACUGCUCAUUUGAGGAACAUUUCCCAGUCUGCCUUUCGUGUAGCGACGGAUCAACAUUCACAGACUCGGCAAAUAACCUCACCAGCUGCCAAGGAUGCAGAAUCUGCGACGAGCAAAGGGAGCUUGUUCAGCAUAAGUGCUUCGCAACUGGCGACACGGUGUGCGAGUGCGUGGAAGGAAUGUACAGACCAAGCCAUUCCGAACCCUGUGAGGUUCUUAAAGGCUCAUUGAAUUGGAUUUGGGUUGUCGUAUUCAUUAUUUUUGCUGCUUUGGGUGGAGUUGCUGUUUUCGUAUAUUGGUUUAAGAAAGUGAAAACAUCUCAACAUGCGGGUUCCCAUGCCACCGACUCUGAGAGGCAACCGCUGAGUAGCGACGAUCGCUCCGAGCCAACCCAAUCGGAACCACAGGUGGAGGUUGCCGUUGUGAGAGACGCCGUGGAGAUGAUCCAAGAGAAGAUGGCCUCGGGUGGAGGUGCCGUGUGGACGUGGCUGAGUGACCGCUGCUCAGAGCUGCUGGGGAGUGGAGGCGGUGGGGUCGGGCCCCACCUCUUGCUCGACCUCUUCCUGCGGGAGCUCAUCGACGAGGCCGAGUACUGGAAGGCACGCGGCCUCCCUGAUGCGUCGCGACUAGCACACUACGUCAUCGCCCUCGUGGUAGACAGAGGAGAGGAGGCCUGCGGGAAGUUCAGGGACAUUUACGAGGACUUCAGUAGCAGGAAGAGAACAUUUCUAGACAUGCAGAGUCAGGCUGAAAUCUGCUCACCAACAUACGACCCUAACACAGCAAAUGGGUUCCUACUGCUCUCCACGGACCUCAAGACGGUAACAAAAGCAGCUGAUCAACUGUACCCACAUCACAUGGAGAGGUUUGAGUCCGUCCCCCAAGUGCUGUGCUCAGAGGGAUUCUCCUCCGGGCGCCACUACUGGGAGCUGCACGUGGGCUGUGCAGAGCAAUACAUGGUCGGUGUCGCUUGUGGGAAGAAUGCGAUGGAGAGAGAAGAAUGUAUUGCUGGGCUGGACGGGGUUAGACUGUCCUGGUGCGUGUGGAGACGCGAGGCUGAGCUCGUGGCUGCUCACAAUGGAGAAGUCACCGUGCUGAACCCGCCAGUGCCUCCCCAGCGAAUCGGGAUUCACCUGGACUGUGGCAAUCUGAAGCUCACGUUUGUUUGUGCUGAGACCAUGACGCCUCUGCACGAUUUUUAUUUGGAGGAGUGGAAACGCUCCGUUACGCUACGUCCUGCAGUGUUGCUGCUUAGUGGAUCGAUUACCAUUGCCCAACCCCUCAGUGGUGAUGUCAACAAAUCCGUUCACCAGAAGGUUUAUGAGUACGAGGCCGGUUUGACGCCUGUGCGGAAUGAGAUGGUGGCCCUGCUGCGCAGGAGACCCUAUCUCUUCCUGCAUGAGAUGUUGAUGCAGGGCCACAUCGAAGCGCACAUAUACUGGAAGGCGUACAUGGAAAACAUUUCCAUAAAGUGUGAAAAGUUCAUCCGCGAGGAAGUUGAAAGUGUAAAGAAGGACGGGGAGCUCGAGGAAGUGAUGGAAGCCACUAGAAGUAAUGAAAGAGACUUCCUCGCCAUGUUAAAAUCGUCAGAAAGGUGUUCUCCCACCGUGAACCCCAAUUCCGUGAACUCCGACCUCCGCCUCUCCGUCGACCUCAGGACGGUGACUCUGUCCUCCGAGCGCCACUCUUACCCCCACCACCUCGAGCGCUUUGAGAACUCCGCUCAGGCGCUGUGCCGCGAGGGCUUCUCCAGCGGCGCGCACUACUGGGAGGUGGACGUGGGCGGCGCGGAGCAGUUCAGAGUGGGCGUCGCGUGCGCCACUCUGCCGCGCGGAGGGAGCGCGGAGGCGCAGCUCCUGGGCGCGGGCGCGGACUCCUGGUGCCUGUGGAGACGCGAGGGCGGCUACGCGGCGAGCCACCGCGGCCGCCACACCGCACUGGCGGCCGUGCGCCCUCCUCCCAGGAAGAUCGGCGUUCACCUGCGUUGGGAAGAGGGGCUCCUCUCGUUCUACUGCGCCGACACCAGGAGGCGGCUGCACUCAUUCAAUGCCACCGCCUCCCCAGGCCCUCUCUACCCCGCCCUGUGCGUGCACAAGGGGACGGUAACCAUACUUCGCAAGAGUCUACGGUUUGAGGAGGGUGAAGGAGCGACCGUUGAGAUGGAGGAGAGUGGGGGAGUGAAGGGAGGUGUGGUAGAAGGUGUGGGAGUGAACAGCGACACGAGUAAGAAUGUGGAGCUGCACAGCAACGUCGUGGAGAAUAGAGGAGAGAAGAGUGGAGGAGAGAAGAGUGGAGUAGAGGAGAGUGGAGUAGAGAAGAGUGGAGUAGAGAAGAGUGGACUAGUGGAGAGUGUAGUAGUGAAGAGUGUAGUAGAGAAGAGUGGAGGAGUGAAGAGUGGAGUAGAGAAGAGUGGAGGAGAGAAGAGUGGAGUAGAGAAGAGUGGAGGAGUGAAGAGUGGAGUAGAGGAGAGUGGAGGAGUGAAGAGUGGAGUAGAGAAGACUGGAGGAGAGAAGAGUGGAGGAGAGAAGAGUGGAGUAGAGGAGGGUGGAGCAUCGCAGAUUGAGGUGGGGGAUGGAGGAACUGGGGGAGGUGCUGCUGGGGAGAGUGAGGCCAGCAACGGGGUAACGCAAAUCUCGAGUGGGGCUGGUGGGGGCACGAUGAGCGGAGCAGAGAGCGACGCAACUAAACUUGGGGACGUGAACAUUGGCUUAGGGACGAUUGAAGGAGAGAAGAGUGAAGUGAAGGUUGAUGGCGGAGGAGGGAAGAGUGGUUUGGAGGAGAGUGGAGUGUUGCAUAAUGAGUCGGAGGAUGGAGGUACUGGGGUAAAUGGUGCUGGGCAGAGUGGGGAUGUGGAGAAACACACUGUGACGACUGGGAGUGGUGGUGAGAAAAGUAAGGGGAAAAAGGAGAGAUCAAUUGGGAGUAAACUUAAAGGAAUAAAAAUGGCUGUGAUUAAACGUGAGGGAAUGAAAAGGAAGGUGGAUGGAGCAGUAAACAAUGACAAGAGUGAAAAUGUUGACGUGGACUGCAAGGUCGGGGAUAAUGAAAGAGAUGAGAGGGAUGUCGAGGUGGGGGGUGGCGGAAUGGAGGGGGGUGGUGCUGGGGAGAGUGCGGAUGCGGAUAAAAAAUCUGAGGCGACUGGGAGAGACGGUGUGGUAAUUAUAGGGCGUUUAACAUCACUGAGUGGAGAGAGUGAAAGUGGGGGAGUGAAUAGUGAGGUGGAUGAAAGUGGAGAAGUGAAUAUCGAUGGCGUUGAUGGUGGAGAGAAGAGUGGAGUAGAGGAGAGUGGAGUGUCACAGAUUGAGGUGGGGGGUGGUGGAAUGGGGGGAAAUUGUGCUGGGGAAGUGAAGGAAACUGUGAGGAGCGGCGGCGGUGACGUAGAGAAUGAAGGGAGAGUGCAGACAAUUAUGGGGGCAGUUUAUAGGUACUUUACAGGAGCUUCGAGUGAGGUGGGAGAGGUUGAAGUAAAGGAGAGCGAUGCUGGGAAUGGUGCAGGAGAGAAGAAGAGUGGGAAGGAGGUGUAGGAGGAGGGGAGAGGGAAGAGCGUGAGAGUGGAGGGACACAAAACGCCGACUGUGCAGGCGUUGAGAAUUCAGAUGAAGACUUCGCCCCAUGAUGAUUCCAGAUUCUCAA